GAAGCACCCGGAUCUGGCCGCGGGUGUCCAUGCGGCGCGGGCCGCGGGCGGACUGGGCGCGGUGUAAAGGCCACGUGGGAAUGGGCCUCGCGCCCUUCUAUAUAGCCGCCAUCGGGCCGCCCGGUCUGCACCGCACCGCACUGCACGACAGCCAUCAUCCUCCGUGCGGUUCCAAGCUCCAACUCCCACGCCCGUCUCCCCCUAGAUCAGGAGGAGCACGCCGCACCGGAGCGCCGAGACCUCGAAGCCUUCGUCUCCACCUCGGAGCAGAGAUGGGGCUCACGUUCACCAAGCUGUUCAGCCGCCUCUUCGCCAAGAAGGAGAUGAGGAUUCUCAUGGUUGGUCUCGAUGCCGCUGGUAAGACCACCAUCCUCUACAAGCUCAAGCUCGGAGAGAUCGUCACCACCAUCCCAACCAUCGGAUUCAACGUCGAAACUGUUGAAUACAAGAACAUCAGCUUCACUGUUUGGGAUGUGGGGGGCCAAGACAAGAUCAGGCCCCUGUGGAGGCACUACUUCCAGAAUACCCAAGGGCUCAUUUUUGUUGUUGACAGCAAUGAUAGGGAACGUGUUGUUGAGGCUAGAGAUGAGCUCCACAGAAUGCUGAAUGAGGAUGAGCUGCGUGAUGCUGUGUUGCUUGUAUUUGCAAACAAACAAGAUCUUCCUAAUGCCAUGAAUGCUGCUGAAAUCACCGACAAGCUUGGUCUGCACUCCCUGCGCCAGCGGCACUGGUACAUUCAGAGCACUUGCGCGACGUCUGGCGAAGGGUUGUACGAGGGUCUUGACUGGCUCUCCAACAACAUUGCCAACAAGGCUUGAAGCGCCUCGACAAGCGCUUCAUCAAGAAACAAACGUGCUGGAUGUCUCAACAACUCACUGCUACCAUUUUACAUAUUGUGAUAUAUAUACACUGUACAAGAGAUAGUAUGUGUGCGUAUGUGACAGGCAGAAGCUCCCUUCUUUAAGUGAGCUAGUAUCAGGUCAGGUUGUCUUUUUUUGCAUGGAUGUUAUCAGUUGCUGUUCGGUGGUUUUACAAGGUUUAAUGUGUCGACAAUGUGUGUCUGAACCCCUAUCGUUUUGAGUUUUAGCAAGAUUGAAUUGUGGUUGCCAA